AUGAAGCCUCCAGCCUCACAGACUCCCCCUCACGAGUGCCCUCCUGCCAGCCAAGCUGGACCUGUUCUUCCUGCCUCUGUGCCUUGUCAGCCGCCUGCCCCAGCCCCGCUCACGGGGCUCUGUGGGUGCCGCCAGCCGGAGUGCCAUGCAUCCACACGGACCUUCCCCUUGCCCAGUGCUGGUCAGCGCGGGCCCCAAGCAGGCCCUGUGGUUCUCUGCUCUCUUCCCUGGAGCGCGCAGGAGCAGACUGGAGAGACUCAUGGCCUGGCGGGAAGGGCAGAGAACCACAGGGGACACUCCGGGCCUCCGGAGACAGCUGGAGACUCUUUGCGCCGGCUGUCCUGGUUUCAAAGUCUGACCGAAGCAUUAAAACGGCCUUUCAUUUGUUCUGUGUACCAUCUGUCACUGUGGGUGCAGUGA